AGUUAAAGUUUCAACCAUUUGCUGAGCUGUUCUCACGAUGGUCGUCCACUGCUCUUACUGUAAUUUCAAGCUUUUUGAGUUGUAUCACCGCCACACCGGAAACACGAGAGACUUGUUCGACUUAGUGCCCGAUACAACUGACUCAGGAGCAAUAAUCUGAGUCGCAUGUAGGUUCAAAAUCAAGAUCGACAUCAAGACCCAGACCCAGACCCAUUGUUUACCCCCGCACAUCGGGAAGUAACACGUGGAGAGGCUGUGCCAGGGUGCCGAGCUGUAGCCCUCCAGAGCCCUUCAACGGGCCGCCCAGUGACUCCCAACCAAAACGAUCGCCUCCAUCAAGCCUUGGACAUGAAGUUCACAUACAAGUUCUCAAAUCUUCUGGGAACAGUUUACAGACUAGGAGACAUAAUAUUCUCCCAUGAUGGCAACACUGUCAUAUGUCCUGUUGGCAAUAAGAUCUCGGUGUAUGAUCUUCGCAACAACCGUGCCCACACACUGCCCAUUGAAGCCAGAUACAACUACACAACACUGGCACUGGCUCCAAAUGGCAUAAUUUUGAUAGCUGCAGAAGAAGAUGGGGAAGUGCACAUCAUCAACUUGAACUUCCGUAAUGUAUUGUACCGGAAACGCUUCAAUCGGCCAAUCAAGAGUAUUAAGUUUAGUCCAGAUGGCAAGCACUUCGCCCUCACCAAAGAGAAUGGAGUGUUUGUGUAUAUUGCUCCUGGUUCAAAUAAGAGGAUUUUUGACCCCUUUGUGAUGGAGAGAGUGUUCCAUGGAGCCUUUGAUGAUACCACCUGCUUGGACUGGUCUCAUGAUUCCAGACUCCUUGCUGUUGGGUCUCGAGACAUGACGACUCGCAUCUGUGCACUGACAAAAUUCAAAAACCUUAAGGAAUAUUCAAUUGGUGGGAUUAAAGAUACAGUUGUUGGCACAUUCUUUGAAGAGAAGACAUACGACUUGUGUACGGUUAGUGCAGACGGCCACAUCAAUGCUUGGGACUGUAGUGUAGAUGUUGAUGGCCUUAUCCCAGAGAAGGAUUUGUACAAGCCAAAGGCAAAGAAUGCUGCAGAUGAAGGAGAAGAUGACAUUCCCUUACCUGAGGACGAGGAAAAAACAACCACCAAAGAACCAAAGGAAGAAGAUGACCCAGAACUGCCCAAAGUCUUUUAUAAGCGCCGCUUUCGUGUAUUUAUGGACACUCACAUGGGCAAGCGUAAGGUGUCGGUUACAGCUGCUCAGUACCACAAGCGAAUUAACAUGUUGGUGGUGGCCUUUGCCUCAGGGGACUUUGUGAUGCUGGACAUGAAGGACAAAGGUGCUAUAGUGCAUUCACUCAACAUUUCCAACCAGACCAUCACAAGUGUAGCAAUGAACCAGAGUGGUGACUGGAUGGCUCUUGGUGUGUCCUCCCUUGGGCAGCUUGUGGUUUGGGAGUGGCAAAGUGAAAGUUUUAUCUUGAAGCAGCAAGGUCACUUCAACAACAUGAGGGUCGUGCUGUACUCCCCUGAUGGCCAAAAUCUCGCAACUGGUGGAGAAGACGGAAAGGUUAAGUUGUGGUCCUGCCAGACUUCAUUUUGCUUUGUGACUUUCUCAGAACACACAGCAGCAGUGACUGGUUUAGCCUUCACCCAGAGUGGCCGGGCCAUCAUAACGUCGUCUCUUGAUGGUACCGUGCGAGCUUUUGAUCUAACACGCUACAGAAACUUCAAGACACUGACUUCCACUCGACCAACACAGUUUUCUUGUGUUACUGUUGACUGCAGCGGGGAACUUGUGGCUUCAGGGAGCCAAGACAGCCAUGAUAUUUACCUUUGGUCACUUCAGACUGGAAGACUUUUAGAAGUUUUAGCUGGACAUCAAGGUCCUGUUAGUAGUGUUCAGUUUUCAAGCCAGCCAGGCAGCACUCUAAUGGUGUCCACUGGUUGGGACGGCACUGUCAAGGUCUGGGAUGCAAUAUCCAACACUACUUCCAAGGAAUCCAUUGGUCUGUCAUCUGAUGGUUUGUGUGUUUGUAUUCGCCCUGACGGCAAGCAGAUUGCUGUAGCCACCAUGGACGGCCAGAUCACCAUGUUCAACCCUUCCACUGGCCAGCAGGAAGGUAACAUUACAGGAAGAAAUGACUUGGGUGCUGGUAGAGCUGAUGCUGAUAAAAUUACUGCUAAAAAAAACUUACAAGCAAAGUCAUUUACCAGCAUUUGCUACAGUUCUGAUGGGAAGUGUCUCCUAGCAGGUGGUCAGGGUAAAAAUGUCUGCAUCUACAGCAUUGAUGAUGAACUCUUGAUAAAGAAGUUUGAAGUGACUCAGAACAGAUCUUUUGAUGCAAUGGAUGACAUCAUAAACCGUAGAAAAAUGGCAGAAAAUGGCAUCAACUUAUCAUUAAUAGAGGAAAGAGAUAAUAACAAUGAGAAGGUGGCCAUUAAGCUGCCUGGCACACGUCAAGGAAACAUGUCUCUAAGAGCUUUCAGGCCAGAAGUCCGUGUCAGCUGUCUAACAUUCUCUCCUACUGGGAGAAGCUGGGCAGCCAGCACUACUGAAGGACUCUUAGUCUAUUCUCUUGACAACAACUGGCUUUUUGACCCACUGGACCUUGACUUCUCCAACACCCCAUCAGCCAUCAAACAGAAGCUGAAAGAAAAAGAUUAUUCAACAGCUCUAAUGAUGGCUGUGCGUUUGAACAUCAACACCCUGAAACAAGAGGUCAUCGAAACCAUUCCAGUACAAUCAAUUAAUGUUGUGGUGAGCAACCUGACACAGUUAUAUGUGGAAGGAGUGCUUGCUUACAUAGCAGAAGCAAUAGAAUCUACUAGACACAUUGGGCUCUACAGCCACUGGGCUACAGCACUGGUUACCUCCCACGGCAACAACCUCAAGACUCGCUCCCCUCAAAUUAUGAGUGUCCUUAAUGGACUACAAAAAUCUCUUGUUCUUCACCACACCAACCUCAGCAAAGUAUGCAGCCACAAUGAAUACAUGUUAAGCUAUCUCCUGUCACAAGCAUCGCUGAGAAAGAAACGAAAGACUGAUAACACCCCUAAAGAAGAACAAGAGGAAGAUGAAGACUCCCAUGUAGUGCCCAGUGAAGAACAGAUAGAGGAUUUGUUUGAUGAAGACCUAAGCUUAUGAUACUACCCAAACAAACCUGUAAGCUCCAUCAUUCUGUGCAGCGUGGUUACCUUCUCCCGAGGCUUGCCCAACCUGGCCCCAGCUAGCAUCUCGUGUUGGUCCAGCUGCUGCCACUGCUUGAAGGAUACUACCUGUAUCCCUGAGGCAGAGAGAGAGAGAGAGUGUGUGUAUGUAUGUAAAUUUAUAAAUAAAUGUGGUGUCUUUAUCAA